AUGUCUCUGCGACCUGGUUCUGGUUCUGCCACUGGUUCUGGUUCUACCACCGGUUCUGGUUCUUCUAGUGGUUCACAUUCUCCUUCUGGUUUUGGUUCUCCUGCAAGAAAGAAAACCUAUAAGAAUACACCUGAGGCAGAAAAGGGUAAGAAAAAGAGAGAAGAAGAACUCGUCGGCAUCAGAAAGGUCAAACGCGAAGAAUCUCUUCUCAAGAAACGAAGAGAGACUCAUACCACCCAGUCCUUUGACACGUUCUUGGAAGAUAUUCCUGAAGAUGCACUGAAACUAUGGUCUGAGAACACUGACGAACAGUUGGCGGCAGCCAUGAGCCUGGGAAGUCUGCUAGAACUCGAGAACCCUCCAAUUGAAGAGGUCGUUUCGACGGGUGUUGUCCCUCGCUUUGUGGAGUUCUUGUCAAGGGAAGAUACACCUCGGUUGCAGUUAGAGUCUGUCUGUGUUCUAACUAAUCUUGCUUCGGGAGCAUCUCAAUUCACAACAGUUCUAGUAGACCAUGGUGUUAUUCCCCCUUUGGUGAAUCUUCUCAGUUGUACCGAUGAUAAUAUCAAAGAACAGACCGUAGGGGCUUUAGGGAACAUCGCCGGUGAUUCCGUAAGCAAUAGGGAUCUUAUUCUUAACCAUGGUGCUCUCUUGCCUUUAUUAUCUCAGCUGCAACCACAUUCAAGAUUGUCCAUGUUGAGGCAUGCAUCGUGGUGUUUAUCUAAUCUUCUCCGUGGAAAGCCUUCAGUAGAUUUAGAAGAGGUACGACCUGCAUUACCCGUCCUUCAGCGACUAGUCCACUUCGACGAUGAUGAAGUUGUACAACAUACAUGUUGGGCUCUCUGUUACCUUGUGGAAGGCCCAAUUAACAGUGUUCAAGCUGUUAUUGAACUAGGAGUUUGCCCAAAACUUGUGGAACUUCUGCAUCAUCCAUCAGGUAAAGUUACUUUACCUGCGCUUCAGGCUCUAGGAAAUAUUGCUGCCGGUGAUGAUGUUCAGACACAGAUUGUACUUGAUAGCAGAGUGCUCCCGUCUCUUCACCAACUUCUUAUGAAGGAAUACAAAAAAAGAAUCUUUAGAGAAAUUUGUUGGAUAAUCACAAAUAUCACUGGUGGGUCUCGAUCUCAAAUACAGGCUGUUGUUGAUGCCAACGUUGUUCCUCUUCUUGUUGAAGUUCUUUAUAUUGCCGACUUUGAGGUCAAGAAGUCAGCAGCGUGGGCGAUUUGCAAUGUGUCUGGCGCAGGAACUAAGGAGAAUGUUAGGUACCUGGCUGAUCAAGGUUGCAUUAAGGGACUAUGUGAACUCUUGGCUAGUCCAGACCCAAAACUUUUGUUAAUGUGUUUGCAGGGGCUGGAGAACUUUUUGAAGGUGGGAAAAGAUGACCAGAGUGAAGACAAUGUUUUUGUUGCCAAGGUAAUGGAAUGUGACGGAGUAUAUGAAAAGAUUCAUAAUUUGUUAGCAAGUGGAAACAAGGAUAUUACAAACGUAGCUUGGAGGCUUUGUGAAAGAAUCUGGAAUGAGAAUGAGCCAGAUUCGGAUUAGAGUCCCGGG